AGGCAUCAUAAAUAUGUGGUAGGCCCUGAGUGUAGAUAAGGAUUUAUGGGGAUGGUUGUGAAUAGACAUUUCAGAAUAGUCUAUGGGAGCAGAGAUUCAGCAAGGAGCCUCGUAGCACCUGUCCUGACUGACCCAUUUUAUUCAAAGGCAUAUUUACUCGAUUGUGAGGCUUUGGAAGGAAGAGGCAGAGCAAACGGCAACAGAGAUGGCGCGGCUGGUGGCCGUUUGCAGAGACAGCGAGGAAGAAUUCCUCUUCGAGAGGCUGCAGAUCCCGCUUUACAUCGAUGACACCCUGACGAUGGUGAUGGAAUUUCCUGAUAACAUGCUAAACCUCGAUGGACAUCAGCACAGUGGAGGCCAGUUGAAACAGUUCAUUCAGAGGCACAGCAUGCUGAAGCAGCAAGAUUUGAGCAUCGCCAUGAUGGUGACGUCACGUGAAGUCCUGAGCGCCCUUUCUCAGCUCGUCCCCUGCGUCGGCUGCCGCCGUAGCGUGGAGCGCCUCUUUUCUCAGCUGGUGGAGUCUGGGAACCCCGCUCUCGAACCCCUCACGGUCGGGUCCAAGGGAGUCCUGUCUGUCACUCCGAGCUGCAUGAGGGAUGCAAAGAAGCUUUACACGCUUUUCUACGUGCAUGGGUCCAAAUUAAAUGAAAUGAUUGAUGCAAUUCCGAAAAGUAAGAAGAACAAGCGGUGCCAACUGCAUUCUUUGGACACUCACAAACCGAAACCCUUGGGAGGUUGCUGGAUGGAUAUAUGGGAACUCAUGUCGCAGGAAUGUCGAGAUGAAGUAGUCUUAAUCGAUUCCAACUGCCUACUAGAGACCCUAGAAACUUACCUCCGAAAACACAGGUUUUGCACCGACUGCAAAAACAAAGUCUUGCGGGCUUACACCAUCCUGAUCGGCGAGCUGGACUGCAGCAAGGAGAAAGGCUACUGCGCCACCCUUUACGAGGGCCUGCGCUGCUGCCCUCACGAGCACCACAUCCACGUCUGCUGCGAGACCGACUUCAUCGCCCACCUCCUUGGCCGAGCCGAACCCGAGUUCGCAGGAGGGUACGAGAGACGAGAAAGACACGCGAAGACAAUAGACAUUGCCCAGGAAGAGGUCCUUACCUGCUUGGGCAUCCACCUGUAUGAACGGCUGCACCGCAUCUGGCAGAAGCUGCGGGCCGAGGAACAGACUUGGCAGAUGCUCUUCUACCUGGGGGUCGAUGCUUUACGCAAAAGCUUUGAGAUGGCGGUGGAGAGGGUGCAAGGCAUCAGCCGGCUGGAGCAGCUGUGCGAGGAGUUCUCCGAAGAGGAGAGGGUGCGGGAACUCAAGCAGGAGAAGAAGCGCCAGAAGCGGAAGAACCGGCGGAAAAAUAAGUGCGUCUGCGAGAUCCCGGCUCCUUUGCAAGUGAUGGAGGAGAAGGACAUGCGGAGCCAAGAAAAGGAAAAUUUCUUGGAGACCAGCUGCACAGCCUGCGGCAGCCCGGAAGAGCGGAGCAGCUGCGUCGAGGUCAUUGUGACCAAUGCGAACGCUUCCUGCACUUGUCCCACCAGUGGCGCUUUACUGCGCUCCCCUAAAAUAAAGAAAGGUUUAUCUGCUCACUGUAAUGGCAGCGAUUGUGGCUAUUCUUCCAGCAUGGAAGGCAGCGAAACUGGUUCACGGGAGGGAUCGGACAUCGCUUGCACCGAAGGGAUUUGCAACCACGAUGAAAAUGGUAGGAAUGCUAUAAAAGUGGAUGAUCCGUGCAUCCACCGUUGCGAAGACAAAGAAGAGGAUGGGGACAGUUGCGUGGAAUGCUGGGCGAAUUCGGAAGAUACUAACAUGAAAGGCAAAAACAAGAAGAAGAAGAAGAAAAACAAGAAGUGCGAAGCCGAGCACAUCCAAAAGCUGAGCAGCUGCCUGGUGGAGACCAGUAACCGAGAGGGUCCGGUGACUGCCACGCACACAGACUACCACCGAGACAAGACCAAAGACCCCCAUGCCGAAAUCUGUUGUCGCAUAGAAAAAGCUGGGCCCGCAACGGUACCUUGGCUGGAGCACAGGAAAACAGCCUUGUUGCGUGCGGAAUCUUCAGAGGCACCUCCUGCUCCGGAAUCAGGGAAGGGCGCAAAGAGUUUGGUGGAGCUCUUGGAUGAGUCCGAAUGCACUUCCGAUGAAGAAAUAUUCAUCUCGCAAGAUGAGAUCCAGUCCUUCAUGGCCAACAACGAGUCCUUUUACAGCAAUAGAGAGCGGUACCGACAGCAUCUGAAGGAGAAAUUCAACAGAUACUGCCGCCUGAACGAUCACAAGAGGCCGGUGUGUGGCGGUUGGUUGACAACAGCUGGAGCAAACUAAACCGAAUAAAAUUAGCUCUGUCUUUCAGUCAAACUGUCAAAAAAUGACUACUUGCGCGUUUUCUCUGUCUUCGGAAAACCGUCUCUCUUAGCGACUAAACAAAAUUGUAUCUUUUUAAAAAGGAAAAAAGACAAAAAAAAAAAGACGGUGGUUUUCUUUUCUUUCGGUCUUUCUGUCCUUUCUGUCUUUUUUCUUUCCUUUUUCCUUCUCUUCCCUUUCCUUUCCCCUUCUUUCUUCUCUCUCCUCUUCUCUUUCCUCUUUCCUUCCCUUCCCCUUCUCUUUUCUUUCUCUCCCCUUUCCCUUCUUCCCUUCUCUUUCCUUCUUUCCUCUGCAGGAGGCUGGUGGAAUUUAAUCCCUUUAAUUUAGUUCCCUGCCCCCAAUCUUACUGUAUUUCCAGGCUUCCUGGUCUCUAGUUUUUGACAAAGAGAACUGAGACCAGCCCCAAAACUUAUCCUAAUUUAAAAGCCACCUCUUUUCAUUCAAUGUUUCUCUUAACUGUGACACUUAUCAAACAGGAAAAAAAAAAAGCAGCUUAGUGACAAAAGUAAUGUUGUACUUAUAAUUCUGUACAGAAAUGACAAUGAGCUCAAUAUAAAAAAGGAUUUUACAAAGUAGACAUCCAUUU